AUGCCACCAAGAAGCAGGCACUCCAAAUCCGCCAGUGUCGCGUCCAGCACUGGCGGCAGCACCGCGGUCGCGAGCAAUGGAGAGAUGCUGCCACCUGCCACCGGCACUCCCAGCUCCUCCAAGGCCGGCUCGCCAGUCGCGCGCAAACCGAGGACGGGUUCGCGAUCAAGCUAUCCAGUUGCCAACGCCGUCUCCCCUGCUGUUGCGGGUAGCACGCCUGUCGUGCUCAUCCCCUCCAAGCAGCACCGAGCUGAACCCGCAGUGGUUUCCGCGCCCACAUACGACCUCACCGAAGAGGCAGCCAAGUUCGCUGUCACAGUGGUGUUGAGCACAAUCCUCGAAGCUGCAUUACAGACUGUAGCAGGCACAAUCGGCGUUGGCGACCUGGCGGCGGUAUCCAAGAGACCCGAGUCAUGGCUGGAGAUUGGUUCUCUCUUGGGCUGGAAGGUCGUGUUGCUGGGUGUUUACUGGGUAUUUGAAUUUGAUGCCUACGACGUGGCAUCCCUCACGCUUCUCCUGAGCACACCGACCACACUCCUCCUGGGCCUGUUCUACAGCAUCUCACCCGUCACCCUGAUCAGCACCACCCUCUCCUCGAUCCUCUCUACCUCAGCACCAUACUACUUCCUCCGGCCACUCUCACCAAGCCACAACCCCAGCGCCGCGCCACGCAGCAGCUUGCGCAACCGCUCGAUCCUCACCGACCCGUACACGACCAUCGCAACCUCGCUCCUCGCGUCGGCCAUCUUCGCCGUCCUCCUCGAAGCCUCGUUCGCAACGUUCCUCCCGGAAUACCUCGUCGUGCAUUUCACGGGUCUGCGCAGCAUCGAAGCAGCGCAUCUCGGCCCCUCAGGUCUCCCAACGCUGCUCCUCGCGCUCCUCCCCGCCGGCUUCGCCACGCAGGAAUACAUCUUCGCGCCGAGCACGGCCAAGUCGCUGCCGAGCGGGCCCGUCGACGCCUUCGACGCCGUCACCGCCUCCUUCUCCGCCCAUGUCUACCACAACGCCUGGGGCUGGUACUCGGUGCGCCAGAAGGAGUUGAUCUCCCGCACCGCUGUCCUCACGGCUCUGAUCGUCGCGCAGACGCUGCUGCAUGUCGGUGGCACGCUCAACGGCGUCGACUUUGAGGGUGCGCUGGGCUAUGCGAGUAUCUGGGGCGGCGGUGCGGUCGUCGUCGGUGCCGUGUUGGAUUGGGUUGGUGGACCGAGCGAUUAA